AUGUCGUUUGAUUUAGCCGACAUCACAAGUUCGCACAAAAGUUAUUGCCACAGAGCACGCAGUGAUCCUCAGCUGAACGGGCUGGAAAGGCGUGCUUCGAGCAUCGAUAAAGUUUUUGACGAAAAGCAACUCUUCAUUGCCAUGCUGAUGCAGUUAGUCUUCGCCCAGCUCGGGUUGAUCUGCUUGGCAGGCUUAGCACCGGCUGAGGCGCAGUAUCACGCCUCACCCAAGCUCGCGGGACCCGCUGCUCUCGCACACGAAUCAGCUGACAGUAUUCUUAACUCACUGGAUGUGGCCAUAGAUAAGCUAACGAAUAUAUAUACUCAAGCUCUGCUUUCCGGCACGCACACGCCCGAGCUGGAGAUCUCGCUGCGCGCGCUGGAGUUGGAGCUGUACGAGCUGCUCGAUCGGCUCUAUAAGCAACAUCGCCUGAAGGACUACAUGAAAUACGAGUCGGAAGUGUCGAAACAAAUGAUCAUUUACAACUUGCUUAAGGAGCUCUUUGGCUAUACGCAGCAUGUGGAGAAAUCAUAG